UCUACCAACAGCAGCUUUAACGUAACACCUACCUUGGAGCAACAGUUUGAGGCAAUAAUAGCUUCACUGGAAUAACCUUUUUGAAGUUACUGACUGCUUUUGUAGCCCGUACAGUGACAGUAUCACUAGUGUCAGUCUGUUUCAUAAUGAGUAAAAAUUCCCUACAGCAUCUUUAAGAAAAGUAGUAAUGCUAACUUAAUGUUAAGGCUCUACUUUGGUUGAACUCUAUAACUUGUUCUCAAAACCAUUUUCCGACUGUAUUUAUUAAUGGAGGAUACUUUGAUGCAUUUUCAUCAUUAGCCCAUGUCUGUGUGUUAUCAGUGAAAAAAACAGUAGCAUUCCAAAGUUUAUUGUACACAUGUUAUUCGUGAGCACUGCUGGUUUACAGCAAAGCAGUGUUGGAUUUCAUGGAGGGGUGGAGGCGGAGCUCGUGCAGACUCCACACAGCAGAAGUACAACAAAACACAGCUGAGCCGCUGCUGCUCGCUCAACUUCAAGCCUUUUGUUUUAUCCAUUGAUGCUCAUUCCACCUCCGUGGGGCUUUCAUCUCGGCUCAUUGCAUGAUGCAGCUCAACUUGACUCUUCUUCACGUUCUUGCUGUGCUCUUCCUGUCAGGAGCAUGGGCUCAGAGCGGCGGCAGCAGCAGGCUCGGUGUGGUGGUGGAGGCCAAAAACAUCACCCUCCCUGCAGGCUCUAAGGCCGUCCUGCCGUGCCACAGCCCCCGCAUGGUGUGGACCCAGGACAGACUGAAGGACCGACAGAGGGUGGUGCACUGGGACGUGGUCCACAGCAGCCCUGAAUAUUCUGUGGAGCGAGUCCUGGACAUGUCCCCUGGAGCACGACUGAGGGUCUACAACGGCUUCAACAAGGGACGCGUCGCCAUCCCUGACUCUGCUUUCAACGACGGCAACUUCUCCCUCAUCAUCAACAAUGUGGUCACAACAGACAGAGGAGUUUAUACCUGUAACUUGCACCACCACUACUGUCAGAUCCACCAGUCCAUUCAAAUCCAGCUCAAUGUCACUAAAUCAGCUCGGAAAGAGAAGCGAUACUGGGAUGGAGAGAAGACGGUCUUCGUCGUCUUGCUGGGCAGGUCAGUUGUGCUGCCCUGUGUUAACCGGCGCCCCCUGUGGAGGGAGGGUCUCCAGGAGGACCAGCAGCAGGUGGCUCAUUGGGAUUUCCAGCCCCCGGGAGUGCGUCCUGACAGGGCCAACCGCCUGGUGGACCUGUACGCCUCUGGAGAGCGCCGGGAUUAUGGACCUCUCUUCGCUCAGAUGAAGAUGAGUGUGGAGGAGGAUGCUUUCACUUUAGGGGACUUCUCACUCUCUAUUUCUGAGCUGAAGCCUGUCGACAAAGGCCUGUACUCCUGCAAUCUUCAUCAUCACUACUGCGGUCUGAGCGAGAGACGCAUCUUCAGGCUUGUGGUUGGACCUCCAAUUCCAUCUGCACCCACUAAAGCACCCAAAAUUCCCCAGAAAGAUCAUCCAGAGCCAAGGAUUGAAGAGCCAGAGAGUCCUCGUGUGGUGAAUGUCAUCCUCCCUGAGCAUAGAGGUUAUUUCAUGCAGCAUCUGGGCUACUUCCUGGCAACUUUCUUACUGCUGGCGUUCAUUGUUGUCGCUGUCAUCGUGCUGACUCGACGACGCAAAAAGAGAGGGCUGGAGUAUGAGCUGCGUGGAACUGAUCGGGGAAGCAGGAUCAGUAGGGAUGAAGUAUCUUUAGAGUGCACAGAGCUUAGGGCCUGUAACCAAGCACCUCUGAAUUCAGAACCUGUAUGUCUUCAACCUUCAGACUACAAAAACAACCUGCUGAAAGAGAGAGAUAUGGCCAAAGACUGCAAUAACGACUUUGAUGGAAAACUGUGGAAGUGAGUGUGACUUUCUGAGCUGCUGGCAGGUCCAGAGCAAACACCAGAAGAGUAAAGGGACUGUGGAGAGAAGGAGGGAAAAAGGGAGGAAAACCUAAAAGAGGACAUAGGAGGAAAGCUCCCUCUGCUGUAACUCUUACACACUAUGCUUUUUCACUAAAAGCCACCAUAAGUUUGUCACAUGUUAGUGUUUAUAUAAAGUGUAUUUUCAGCAGCUGUUGUAACGGUAUGGUGAAACUUAUAUUUGAUCUGUACAAUCAUAUUCGGUUAAUGUUUAAUUUGAGGCAUGUUCUGUUUUUUAUUACUUUUUUUUUUAAAGAAAUGCAUGCUGUUUAGUAAAGUAUGUUUAUUUGUUCUUCACAUGCUUUCAGGGCUGCAUCUAAUAAUUUUCUUUUUUGCACAUUUUUACUGUAAUUUGUAUGUUUCAAUAAGAAUGGAGGGUAAAUUCACUGUAUGAAAACAGUGUUUGGAACAAAUGCCACACAUUUUCAGCCAUAAAGGGAAGAACAUUUUGUAAGAAAACCUGACAUUCCCCUUUUAUUUUAUUUAAAAAAUGCUCUUAAGAAAAAUGUGCAUUGUUUCUUGAUCAGAUUUUUUAAAAAAUAAGAUUUGAUGGACCUUUUUUUAAUCCAUAUAUUUGUUUUUUUUUCAAGUGGAUGUAUACUGUGGAGUAUAACUGUAGAAAAGGUCUGUUCAGUAAUAAUUCAUCAGGUGAAAAGUAAUGAAAUUUCAGGACUUAAGGCUCAGUCUACCAAAACUCAGGAAAAAAACCCACCAUUUGUCUAGUUUCUCAUGUAUUGUUCAGGACUUUGUUGCAUCAGACAUACACAAUGAACCCUUGUUUGCUGAACACUGAAUUAAUCAAUUCUAAAUCUGCUGGUCAAUAAUGUCAUUAACUGUCUGCCUAUAGUAGCUGUAGGAGGUUCACUGCAGGAAAUACAGUGUUUAAUGCCUCCGAUAUGCAGAAUAACAAAGUGUAAUAUCAGCCCCUUCUUUUUCUCUUUGUCUCUUGCUGACUUGCACACUCUUAUGUUGGUUUCUUCUGAGAAACGAUUUCUCCUAAUAAAGGUUCAAAACAGUG